UGUUGUGACAACUUCGGGUGUGUCCAUCCGUAAACCAAAAACUUUUCAGGCAGCUUUUAUGAAUUAAUUAUGGUAAUUUAGUUAAUUAAAUACUUCCAUAAUGAAAGAACUUUGUAUAUUCGUAUUGUUAUCGGCAGCUUUAGCUUCAGUAUCAGGAAGCGGAGGAAUCAAUGAAGUAUUCGUGCCGCCUAAAGUGGAAGGGCAGGACGUAGUGACGUGGUGUACUACUUCUAUAGCGGCGCAGGAGAAAUGUGAGAAGCUGACGAAGAUCGCCCAGUUGGACAAAGGCCUACUCGGGGCUGACUAUAUCGAAAUACAGUGUAAACGGGCUUUUGACACUGAACAAUGCAUGGCCUGGGUGGACCAAGGAGAAGCUUCGCUACUGGCCCUAGAUGCAGGGGAAGUGUAUGUGGCUGGCCGCUACCACUCUCUCGUGCCUAUCAUGCAAGAAUUAUAUGGCCGGGGAGAACCAUACCAAUAUGCUGUGGCCGUAGUCAACAAAGGAGGCUUGCCUAACGUCCAAGCUGGGACAGGGCUGUACGGGCUACGUGGAGCUAAGGCCUGCUUCCCCGGUGUUGGCUCCUUGGCAGGAUGGGUCAUGCCUAUACAUACUUUAAUGCAAGAAGGUGGGCUAAGGAUAGCGGACUGCAACAACCACGUCAAGUCAGCGAUCGAGUUCUUCGGAGACUCUUGCGCGCCAAAUUCGUUGAAGGACAUGUACAACCCCAUUGGAGACAACCCUGACCAGCUAUGCAAGUUAUGUGUUGGAGGCGCCGGAGUCCGCUGCACUCUAGCGGACCCGUACGCCGGCUACGAAGGCGCUCUGAAGUGCCUCGUCGCCAACGGCACUGGUGACAUUGCCUUCGUGCGGGACACCACUAUACAGCACGCGUUGCUGUCAACCAAGAUUAUAGGAGACGUGUCCCCGGACCGGUUCGAGUUGAUCUGCCGCGACGGCUCGCGGCGGGCGGUGACGCAGUGGGAGCAGUGCAACUGGGGCCGCGUGCCGGCCGACGCCGUCGUCACCAGCAGCGCCGCUUCGCUGCAACAGAGGAAACGCUACCAAAACCUAAUUCAAAAACUGGUUCAACUGUACGGCGAACCAAAUCCCCUGAACAAAAACUCGAAUCGAACGGCAACCUACCAAUCUCGUGAUGGCUACGGGAACGCAUAUACUUCUACUACAGAGCGAUAUUCGUACGAUCCGUACAGGAGGAACUAUAAUGAUAGGAGCUAUGAGAGGGUUGACAAUGAAGACAAUCAGUUGAGCAUUAGCACGGAGUCUUCAUUCCAGCCCAGAAAGGAUAUAAACGGGCACAAUAUAGAGUCACCCUUCCGGCUGUUCAACUCCAACGGCACCACCGAUUUACUAUUGCAGGACGCAACUAUAAACUUCCGUAUACUCCAAGAAGAAGAGCAGGCAGCCAAGCACAUCCUGAACAACCAGUACGUGGGAGAUCAGGCGGAAAAAGCAGUCUUUAACAUCAGGAACUGCCCUAUCAAGAGGAUGAUACUGUGUGUUACCAGUGACGCGGAGAUGGAUAAGUGUGUCAAAAUGAGGGUGGCCCUAAAAGCGGCAUAUCUCCAACCAUCACUAAUAUGCUGGCGCGGCCACAGCACGCGGCACUGUGAGCGCUCCGUCGCCUCCGGAGUGGCCGACGUGGCCGUCAUGGAUCCGGGGGACAUGUUGCACGCGGCCAUGGCGCAUAGACUUGUUCCUUUUAUGCAGGAGAUCUACUCAAGCGGCAAGAACUGGUACUACGCAGUGGCCGUCGCUAAAGAACAAGAUCCGGACACGGAUCUCACAUAUCUUCGCGGCAAAAACUCUUGUCACACCGGCCUGGGCCAAGCCAGUUGGAUCUUCCCACUGGCCUACCUCAUCUCUAAUGGAUGGAUUCGUUCAUACGGCUGCGACGGCGCGCACGCGGCGGCCCAGUACUUCACGAAGUCGUGCGCCCCCGGAGCGCUGAGCACGGAGUACGUGGACGCCAACACCGUGCCGCACGACAACCUGUGCCAUCUCUGUCACGGCGCUGCGUUUAGACGAUGCCGCCGCGACGCGAGCGAGGAUUACUACGGGCAUGUAGGCGCAGUCCGCUGCAUGGUGGAAGGAGGGGGGGAUGUAGCGUUCGUCCGGCACACCGCGCCUGCUGAGGUCUCAGGCGGCCGUCGCACUGAGUGGUGGGCGAGGGACUUGCUGCCUGAUGACCUGCAGUUGCUCUGCCCUGACGGGACCCGCGCGAAGAUGCACGAAUACAAGCACUGCAACCUGGGCAAGGUCCCGGGGUCGGUGCUCAUGGGCCGCGCCAACCACACCGAGCUCGACACCUACUCCAACCUCAUGGUGUACGCGCAGCAGUUGUACGGAGCCACGGCGACUGAUGAGUUCAGCUUCAGCAUGUUCGACUCAAAACCCCCAUACUCCGACCUCAUCUUCAGCGACGCGGCCGUCCAACUGAAACCCUUACCCCACAAAGAGCGCUCUGCGGAGCUCAUCGCCGGCUCCGCUCUGCUCCGAGCGGCGAAAAUAGUUUCCUGCGACGCUCCCCAGUCGGCCUACUAUGUCGCGGCCGAUGCUGACUUCUUGUCUCAUGCUUAUAGGACAGGGAUGGUGGGAUAUGUACUAGCUGUUGCUUUGUUUCUAGUGGCGUUACUUCGAUAAGUAACUAUCACAUUUAGGAUAUAGGGAUAUCUGCCUUUUAAAAGCUCUUUUAGCCAGAAUGGCUAUGUAGAAUAGAACGAGCGUUAUUUCUAUUAGCGUUAUUCAUAAACGCCUGUUAAGUCUAACAAGUCCUAGAUAAUCGUUUGUCCUUAUCUGUCAUUUUUAGAAAGGGACAAAAUUUAACAAAGAUUUAUUAAGUUUUAAAAUAUACUAUCAUUUCCCCAAAUUAGGAUUCCUUAACACGUAAUAAUGUGAAAGUAACUAAUGUAAACAAAACUAUUGAAGUUUUAAAAUGUGAACAGUAUUCGGUUGAUCCUCAGAAUUUAGGUACCCGUGUGUAUUAUCAAGUAUUCUUCUUUCUCGUUCCCUCAAUGCUGAGGAUCGCGACCACAUGCAACAUGUUCCCACUGAUUGCGGUCAUAAGCCAAGUGAACUGCACGGUGCAGGCUGCCGCCACUCGCCUUCAUGGCGUCAGACCAUCUCUUACGAGCCCCACCCUGAGCGCGUUUACCAUUCAUUCGCCCCAAGAUGAUACACUUCUCCAAAUCAUGCAUUGACGAUCUCAUAAUGUGUCCGAAAAAUCUAAGGGUUCGUUCAUAUCAAGUAUUACAUAUUGGAGUAAGUAAAAGUCGAAGCUAACUAGAACAUGGCGCCAAUGUCACAUGUAGUAUGUUUUUUUAUUUGAUCUGAUUUAUUUAAAGGUAAGGUUAAUGUAUUAAGUAAUCAUUUUGUACUGCUAACUAAAAUAUUAAUCCGUCCCAAAUGCCUUAAUAUUAAAAAAAAAUAAUUUAAGAAUUAGAUGGAGUGAACUGGCUGCAUAUAAUAACAAGAGUAUGUAUCGCCGUAUGGUACAAUAAAGUUAUGCUUUAUGAUAUUGCCUGUACAUAUAGAAACAUGUUUUCACAUUAAUUAUAUUUUUCUUUAACCUUUUGAACGCCACAGACGGCAAUUGACGUCAACGCAAAAUCAUGACAACGACGCCAGGCACGGCAAAUGGAUGCGCCGUUUGGCGUUCAAAAGGUCUAGUUCUGGGCAUCACUUUCGUGAUUAUUAUAUGAAUAGCUAUUGAAAUUAUUUAUACAUUAAUAUUAUAAUUAUAUGUAUGUAGAGAAUUUUAUUUUGGUUUCAUAGUGUGAAGUUAUUUUAAUCUAUAUAUUUGUUUUACAAAACUUGCGAUAGUUUUUUACAUCGUUGGCUGAACCUACAUAUUUUUAUGUACCUAUGUGCCUUUAUAGUGAUACAGAGAUGCAUUUCUGAAUAGUAGUUUCUGUAUAGAUAUAGGCAGCUAAGGUAUAAUUAAAAUAAGAUUAAUUACAAAGAAUCUCAUAAUGAUAUUCCGUCCAAUAGUUUCUUGUAGGUAUUUAGACUCACGUUUUAUCAUGCAUACUGUGAAUUAUGAAUAAGUAGUGAAACUUUC